GUCCAUGGAGGAAAACUUUUGCUUUCAGUGGUGAUUAUGUCUGGACCAUCUCUGACCUGGGACACAACCCACCAGUGAGAAUUGACAGGUUGUGGAGGGGUCUCCCUGGAAACCUGAAUGCUGCUGUGCACUCUCAAAGAACCAACAAGACUUACUUUUUUAAAGGCAAUAAAGUGUGGAAGUACACCAUGUUCAUGCUGGACUACGGCUACCCCAAAGAGGUCAAACGGAUUCCUACUAAUAUUGAUGCAGCCGUGUACCUGGAGAAGAACAAGAAGCUGAUCUUUAUCAAGGGUUCGGACCACUGGCAGUGGGAUGAGCUGAAGUACACUGACUUAAGUGCAUACCCCAAACCUCUCUCUAUGCUCUUCUCCGGAGUGCCCUCCAGUCCGGAUGCAGCCUUCACCUGGACCAAUGGCAAGCUCUUCUUUUUUAAGGGAGAUGAUUACUGGCGUGUGAAUGAGAUGUUGAGGGUUGAUAGAGGGUACCCGCUGAGUAAGAAGGAGCGCUGGAUGCGAUGCUAAGGGUCCGCCAUUAGGGGGCAGCAUGAAUCAAGAGGUCUACAGCAGGGGAUUGCUAGUUUUACUUCAGAGGCAUUUACAACCAGGCAACCUCAACAACAGUGAUUGAUUGUGAAUUAUCAUCCAUAAAAAAUAGUGUGGGAAAUUAUUUUAUUUCACUGGAUUUGAUUUCAAACCAAGCUACUCCUCUUCUCAGCAACAGGCUGAUUUUUUUGUGAGGCUUACUUCUUGAGCACAAAUGUGUGUUUUUGUGACUGCCAGAAUUAUGUAAGCUUUUGUGUGAUCUCAGGGUGAAAUAAGGGAGGCCUUCUGUUUUUCUCUCAAACAUAUGUGUUGGAUUAUGUGUCUUGAUACUUUCAGUAAGAUGUAAUAUGAUGAUGGGAGUGAGCACUUUCUGUUUAGACGUUUUGUUUAACCAAUUGUGCAACACUUUUUAUAGCAUGUUCGGUGCUCUUAAAUGUUUCUAAACACUUCCAUUAUCUCAUGAGUCACACAGGUCUGUGAGAAAUUAUUUCACAUGACUGUGUCCUGUUUUUUUUUCAAGUGAAAAUGUAACUUUUUCUACAAAUAAACAAGAUGUAAUGUCUGCUUUCUCCCAGAUUGCAGUUCCCUGUCACCAGAAAAA